AUGUAUCGAUUCGAAACAACCGACGCGAAUUGGAAGGAUAUUCUGAUGGAGGCUUCGUUACACGAUGACAAACCCAUGUGGGUUUAUGUGAUCUUCAGAAAAAAUCAUUGCUCUGGACAUGAAAAAAUGACGGUAAAUAUCUCAUUUGAUGGUCCAGUCUUUUGGAAUCGUCAAGUCGCUUAUCUUUACUGUUGCAGCUGUCAUUUUGAGAUACAUGAGGCUUCAUUUAUGGCAAUUCUACACAAAUUCGAGGCUCGAGUGGAGCGGGUUUGCUUGGUGGACAGUCCAGUUGACUAUGCUUUUCUUCCCGAUUCACUUUUUGCCUAUAUGGCUCGAUCAAUGCCAAGAUUACAGUUCAUCUACAUGCGAGAGCUUGAUUUGGAGAAAAUCAAUCGUGGAACCGUUGUUGAAUUGGCUGCUCAUAAAAAUUUAAAAAAGGUAAUUGUUCACAAAUGUCGAAACUAUGAAGUGCUCGAGGAUUUCCGGAAUUUACCGCAACUUCUUGUGGUUAAGGGAGAGAUUCAAGGGUUGAAGGCGAUGUUGGGCGGUGAUGUUGAAAAUGCCCCAAUGGAUAGCUGUCCAUCAUCGUUGACCACUUCAACAUCAACCACAUCAGAUUCUUCCGAGCUAUCCGAUCGAUUUCAACAAGUUUCUGUCUCACAAAGUCCA